AUGAGCUACAUUCUCUCUUGGAACUGUAGGGGUUUGGGGAGGACCGCUACAGUCAAUGCGUUAAAACGCAUUGUAUUUCUUGAGCGUCCCCAGGUUAUGUUUCUGUCGGAGACAAGAUUGAAGGCUUUUGAGAUGGAAAAAAUUAAACAAAAAAUAAAAUUUCAUUCUUGUUUUGUUGUUGAGUGUGACGGUGAGGGAAGAAAAAGGAGUGGGGGUCUUGCACUUCUUUGGCAGAGUACAAUUGAUGUAGUGGUGAGUUCCUAUUCUUUAAACCAUGUUGAUGCGUUGGUAGGGGCAAAUGAGCAUGAGGAGUGGCGCUUUAUGGUUAUAUAUGGGCACCCCGAGGAGGAAAAUAAAUAUAAAACCGGACAGCUGCUUGAAAGUCUCAGAGACACAAAUGAAAAAUCGUGGCUAGUCGAGGGUGACCUUAAUUUAAUGCUCCAUUCACAUGAAAAAAGGGGAGGAAGGGGUUUCUGCUUUGAGGUGGCUGACAUUCUUCGUAAGGCAGUUGAUAGGUGUCAGCUCGAAGAUCUUGGGUUCAUUGGGCACGAGUUCACUUGGACAAACAACCAAGGAGGACCGAAAAAUAUUCAAGAGCGAUUAGAUAGAUUUUUAGCAAAUCACGCUUGGAGGGAAGUUUUUAUGGGGUCUUUUGUUACUCACCUUACGAAAAGGAGAUCCGAUCAUUUGCCCAUUCUUUUAUGUAUCCAAAAGGCCGUACCAAAACAGAAAAAAAAAAAGAAGAAGAAAAAAUUGUAUCAUUUUGAGGAGAUGUGGCUUCGGGAUGAGAACUGUGCUGAGAUAGUUUCGGAGGCUUGGGAGCGUGGCGGUGAUCUUUGUUCGAAAAUAGCCUUUACUUCAUCAAGGCUAAGUGCAUGGAGUAGAGAGAAAUUUGGUGACUUUGUGAAGGAGUUGAAUGACUGUUAG